CACCAAACCCCGCCGCUGAUGUCUGCCCGCGUUCUUCUCUUGGUCUCUGGACUGCGGGAGUGAGGAACCUCUUCUCCCUCAGUCAAGGAACGGGGCACUGACCAUGGCGAUCGCCGCCGCUCUGUCUCUUUGCCCCCUCUCUUCCUCUUCCUCGCCGUCAGGGUCACAUACCCUUCGCCUUUCUCCGGCUCCGUCACCGUUCCGCCUCUGGACCUCUCGACUGCCGGUCGUCCGUCGAUCCCACAGGCUGGCAGCGUCCGCCUCGAUGCUCUCCGUCAAGCCCUCCACCGAGGCGGCCGCAAACCAUCCCCUAGCUUCGCAGAAGGGAGCGACCAGACUGCUUCAUUUCGUGAAGUAUCAUGGCCUCGGCAACGAUUUCAUCAUGGUUGACAAUCGCGACUCUGCGGAGCCGAAGGUGACGCCGGAGCAGGCAGUGAAGCUAUGCGAUCGGAACUUCGGUAUCGGCGCAGACGGCGUCAUUUUUGCGAUGCCGGGUGUUGGAGGGGCAGAUUACACUAUGCGGAUCUUUAAUUCGGAUGGAAGCGAGCCCGAGAUGUGUGGGAAUGGAAUUCGUUGUUUUGCUCGAUUCAUUGCAGAACUUGAAAAUUUAACUGGGACACAAAGUUUCACCAUUCACACUGGUGCUGGUUUGAUUAUCCCAAGAAUAAAAGAAGAUGGACAGGUAAAUGUUGAUAUGGGUCAGCCAGUGCUCCAAGCAUCAAGCAUUCCCACCAAAUUGCCAGGUGGUGGGGAUGAGGCUGUGGUCAAUGCUGAAUUGGUUGUUGAUGGAAAUACAUGGAAAGUUACGUGUGUAAGCAUGGGGAAUCCUCAUUGUGUAACAUUUGGCACAAACCAAUCUCAGGCAUUGCUGGUUGAUGACUUGAAGUUGGAAGAUAUAGGUCCAAAGUUUGAGCACCAUGAAAUGUUUCCUGCACGAACAAACACAGAAUUUGUUCAAAUUCUGUCCCGGAAACACCUGAAGAUGCGUGUGUGGGAGCGUGGUGCUGGCGCAACUCUUGCAUGUGGGACUGGAGCUUGUGCUGUUGUAGUUGCAGGAGUCCUAUUGGGCCUCUCUGAAAGAGAAUGCAUAGUAGAAUUGCCUGGUGGUCCACUGGAGAUAGAAUGGAGAGAGGAUGACAAUCAUAUUUAUAUGACUGGGCCUGCGGAAGUUGCAUUUUAUGGGUCGGUUGUUCUUUGAUCAGUUGAUGGAACUUCUUAAAAUCUCAUAUACGUGAAAUUUCAUCAUUUAUAUGACUUGGUGCUUCAGAUCACCUUUGUCUUGCUCAGGCUGCAUAGUCCUACUUUUCAGCUCCAUUAACCAUGAGAGAUAUCCCAGUGCUAGGCCAUUUUCCUUCUUAUAAACUUGCUCUAGGGAAAUGCUUGAGUUCUUGGAUUCAGGUACUCAUUGUACUGAAAGUGGACGUUUGAGGGCCCUCAUGCUGUUAACUUGGUGUUACUUUCCAAUUUUAUAGUCUAACUUACCUUA